UGAUGUCUUAGACUGUUUCUGGGAAAAAAAAAAUACAUUUGCUUGGUUCUGGUAAAAAUCUGUAAAAUUUGUGAUCAGCAAUUGCAGAUAUCCACGAUUGUAUUGAUAGGUUUCUCAAUCGUUGAAAAACCCACAGUAUAUCAGGGCAUAUGCCUCGCCAUAUGCAAAUAUGAUCUUGUUUAUGCCAAGGAAAGCGCUUUUAAUAUCAACAUGGUAAUUUCGAGAAACAUAAUUUUCGCAUUACGCAUGUUUUUCAAGAUAAAAUGUACGAUUUUUUUUCUGCCCGCAAGCUAAUUUCAUUGUGGUUUUUCUGUUUCUCAGCGGCGCUUUGGUUCCAAAUGGAACGAAAAUGAAAGCAAGUUUGUUAUCUUGUCAACUUGAGACUACAAUAUGUAAAUUAUAAAUGUAACUACAGGUUAUUAAAUUUUGAGCUCUCUUAUUGGUUCAAAGCGUACUGGUUAUUGGAACAUAUGCUUCGACGUCGCCUUAUAUGGAAAAAGCCACUUGUUUACGAGUUUCUUUGAUAUUCACGCAAGCAGACUACCUUGGGAAACAUGGCGGCUGUUGGCCAAAAUAGAUUUGGUGACUUGUCGCCCGAUGAAAUACAAAAACUGUUAGACAACGCUACAGCCAAGUCAACGAUGAAAGCCACAAAAUUUGGCAUGAAAAUAUUCAACGACUGGCUUGCCAGCCCCGGAGGAGUUAAAUUUUUAAAACCAAUUGAGGAAAUGUCGAAAGAGGAGCUUAAUGCCUGCCUGAAGUGUUUCUACACUUCAGCGAGAAAGCAGGAUGGAUCUUACUACAAAGCAUCUUCGCUGAAAUCAAUCAGAGCUGCUAUCGACCGAUAUCUUCGAGCGGCUCCACACAACAAACCGUUUUCUGUCAUCAGUGAUGCUGCGUUUACUGAAGCUAACAAAGUGCUGGGAGCUUUCGUGAAAGACCUUAAGAUGUCUGGCAAAAUAGAAGAUAUUGUUCACAAGAAAGCCAUCACGAAAGACCAAGUGCGAAAGCUCUAUGACAGUGGUGAACUUGGACCAGCUGACAGUCAGGACCCAGCGCAACUCCAGCGCACCGCAUGGUUUUAUGUGGCGUUGUUUUUCGGACGACGUGGACGAGAAAACCAACGCUUAAUCAAGCGCGAUAUGCUCGUACUUGGACGAACACCUGAAGGAUUGGAAUACUAUGAGCUUAACAGGCAGAUGCCGAGUUCACUGCCUUCAGCUAUUUCCGCAGAUGACGAAGAGGAAUCUGAAGCGAAGGUAUUUGCCGUACCGGGAUCUGCCAGGUGCCCGGUUAAAACGUUAAAGAAUUAUCUCUCACAUCUAAAUCCCGCUUCAGAUGUGCUAUUCCAGCGGCCAAAAGAUGGCCAGCAAUCGCAAUUCAAGCCUGAAGACGUGGUGUGGUAUUCGCUGUCUCCCAUUGGAAGAACCGUGCUAAACUCUUUCAUGAAAGAGAUGAGUAAGCGGGCAGGAAUUGUCCCGCAUCUCACAAACUAUUGCCUGAGGACAACGUCGUUUGCUCUUCUGUCGCACAGAAUGUUUAAAAAGGUCGAAUCUCGUAACACUGAAAAACCAACCUCGGAGGAACUACAACAAAAGUCUGCCCAGCUGAGCAGUUUUGUGGGGAUCGAUGAAGCACCUCUGGGUGUCCCUCUUGGUAGCUCCGUCCCUGGUGAAAGAGUUAUUGGCACCAUGGUCGAGAUAGAACAACAGCAGCAGGCCAGCGGUGAAAUUGUCUUGCAGGUUCGUAAAAUCCCAGUUCUGUUGAAAAACAACCAAUCUGUCGCAGUGGCCAACAUCCCUGCGGCAAGCAAUCUGGCGCAAGCUUCACAAGUCGCUCAAACAACCUUGCUUCCCAAGUACAAUUCUUACAACUGUGAUGUCCAGAUAAAGCCCAAAUAAUGUUCUUCGAAUAAACCGUCGCUUUGUGCGACCUUAAGCGAAUAACAAUUUUUCAAGGUUUUUUUUUUUUUCGCGCUAGACAUAAACAUCAUGUUUGGUCUCUUGUGAAAAUCCCGUGUUUUCCGCUCCACCGUUUGCCGUUUCAGUUUUCGGUGAAAGUGAUUAUCCGUUAAUAUUUGUUAUUCUCUGGUUUUUGGUAAAAGUAGUUAUAUAACGAUUGUUUUGAACUUUUUAUUUUAAUUUAUGAUUCAUUUAUUUAAUCAUUCGCGGAAGGCCUGACCUCGAACGCUUUGCUUAUUUUAAUCUCACCUUUGCCAGCGCGCGCACUGAAGACUGCCAAGUUCAAUUUAUGUCCGAAUUAUUUCCAAAAAGGGAUUAUGAGAGAUUUGUGAAUGGUGAACUUAAGAUAAUAGGCGAAGGAUUGUAUUAACCAAAUUUUAAGGGUUGUAGUUUUGCUAGAUAGUAAGUUGUCACGAAUUGUUUUGCCGGUUAUCUUAAGUUAACCAUUCAUAAGUAUUGCAGAAUUAUUGAUUAUUUUAGAAUAAUGUUUGACAUCAGCAUCUCUAUCGUUUCGUAGAGACAAUGGGAUAUGUUAACGACCUUCGCAAUAUAACAAAAAACCCUCGAAAAGGUAUAUUUUAAAAUCCGUUGAGUAUGACUUUCAGCAUUUCCAAAUUCCACCCGUUAUUUUGGAAAAAUGAUGUUGCUGUUACGUUUUGUUUAAUCCACGUUCUACAGUCAUGUCUGUCCACAACUUCACAUGACUCGGAAGAAACCCGGUUUCCUUAUUUUACUAGAUCUUUCCUUGGUAUUUAAUAUUGUACGUCACAUUUAAAAGUUAUACAUUCAACUAACAACGAACUAAUAUUUAUGUUAGCCAGUUUGUAAAAUUUUAUUUAUGAUGUCUAGUUUUUAAGAAAAAUUGAUUCUGAAGCACAUUGGAACAAUGCUUUAAGAGCUGAUGACAUUAACUUUCCACACGUCCUUGAGUUUUAAAAGCGAUAUUUCAUUCAAUAUUCAAAUUGUUCGUUUAGUAUCGUCCAUGGUUACAUAUUACAACCUUGAAAAUAUUUAUGUGCUUGUUCAUGUUUCACUAACAGUCAAAGGGAUGGACCAUUUGACUUUUGAGAGAGGGAGGGGUGGGUGAUUUAAGUUGGAAAAAUACAACCUGCAGGCAUUCUUGUACCAGGAAAAAAUUAAUGCGCGCAAACCCUGACGCUCGGUCAGAGAGCCGAAAAACAAGCAUGUUGAACGGGUAAAAAAAUUAUCAUGCAUACACGCACGUGCCGAGAAAACAAAUAAUCGUAUUGCGUGAAAGGGUUAAAAAAAUCGAGCCUGUAACAAAUCACCCGCACAUCCCCUCUCCCUCUUCAAAGCCAAAUAGUCCCCCCCUCCCCUAAACAUGAAUUAUGUCAAUGAGGCCGAAUCGAAAUGUUGACAUUCAUCUGUUUUGCUGUGAGAGCUUCUUGAAAGAAGCGAAUUCACAAAUUGUAUCCUGGUCGAAAUAAGUCGGACAGGAUAUUGCCAAACUGCCACUCGUCCAGUUGUUCAAAAGUUAAACCAGGUUUCGCUGAACAACAAACAGCUGCAGUAACCACAUAUUGUUAUCAAAUCCACAAAUAAACUAUCGACUUCCAUUCUAGAACGGCUUCGCUUUAUCGACGUUUAUCCAAUGGAGGUUAGUUACCGUUGCUUGAGAAAAUGGAAUAAAAUUGGUGAUACUAAAUAGCAUCAUUUACGUAUUUAUUUGAAAUUCAGUGAUCUCUCCCUAUCUAUGAAGGUGUCAAACAUUUCAGUAAAGUAUGACAUUUUCUGUUCUUGACAGCAACUUUACACUGCAUGAGAGUUCCGGAAGAAUCCUUACUUUCAAACCAUGAUUGCAGUUUUACCUUGCAUGAAACCUCAAACGAAUAGUGAGAGAACAGGAAUACCAUGACGUAUGAAAAACGCUCAUCGUACAUCACCCCUUUCAGGCCGCGUCCACACUACGCCAGAGAAAUUUGGAAACGGAGAUUUAUUUCUACGGCUAGGCCUACCGUCGACACUAA